AAAAACAACUGGUCACUGUAAAUAAUUGCAAAAACUUCACAGUGGAGGAGCCACUCUGGAUUCUUUGACGCUUCGAGACUCUAAUUGCGCUAACUGUCGCUAAUUUUACGGCAAAUGGCGUCAUGAUAUUAAUCAGUCAUACAACCGCCGCUCCCUUCUUCCCCACUUCCACCACCUCCGCCGCCGCCGCCGCUCCUCGGUAUCCUCCAUCCUUCUGCAGCCUCUAAUUGCCGCGGUCUAGAGCUGUAUACAGUGAUGGAGACUUCAAAUGGGCAUUUGAUUAAUCAUCAGAAUUCCUGCUCAUUUGCUUCUUCCCGGAGAGACGUCACUUACAGCUGUGGUUCUUGUGGAUUUGAUUUAAACCUGAGUUCAUCGAGUCGGAAUACCUCGGCUAUUGGUUCCAAAUAUGGUAAAUCUAUAAAGAAAGGUAUCAUUUCUUUUUUCUCCAUUGAUGAGAGCAGAUUCACUCUGAUCAAAGACUUCUACUGUGCACCCUACUUUUCUAAGCACUCUUGGGGAUUGUUCCGUCAGAGAACAAAACUUUUGUGUCGAAAGUGUGGUAACCUAAUUGGAAAUGUUGUUGAUGAAAAUGUUGCUAAUUACCGGCUCAUAAGAAAUGGUUCACAUUCGUCCGCAGCCAGUGAAAACUCCAACCAGAGAAACUACAAUAUCAGAAUUCGCUCCUUGCAACCUUCUUCCGCAGAAUUUGGCACUCCGCUUAGCUGUUGAUAUUUGUAUGAAGCAUUCUUUCCAUAUAUUUGCCCAUUUUGUACAAUAUUCCUUCUCCAUCUCAAUCAAAUAUUACCUGUUUAUAGAGAAGAACGCUUUGAAUGAAUCCAUGUGUAUUUAUUGAGUUUUGUGUA